UGACAUAAUAUGAUUGAUAAUUGAUAUGUUUACAAGAUAUGUAUUCAGAAGUAUAAAUACUACAUUUCUCAGAUAAUUUAGGUAAAUUAAUAAUCAGUAGAAAUUAUAAAAGAAAUUUUAAAGUAUGGCAAAUACUGCAAAUGAAGUGAAAUUUAAUGAAUUCUAUACCGAGGUAAAAGAAAUAGAAAAAAGGGACUCUGUCUUAACUCCAAAACAGCAGAUUGAACGACUGUUAAGACCAGGUUCAACUUACAGAAAUUUAAAUCCUUUCGAUGUAUUGCAAGUAGAACCUGAUACCUCACUUGAAGAGAUAAAGAAAAAAUACAGACGGCUGUCUAUUCUAGUCCAUCCAGAUAAAAAUCAGGACGACCCAGAUCGAGCUCAGCAGGCGUUUGAGGCUGUGAAUAAAGCUUGGAAAACAUUGGAGAAUGAAGAAACAAGGAAAAAGUGUCUUGAUAUCAUUGAAGAAGCUGUUGGGCGCACAGAUUUGAUGCUUGCAGAGAAAAGGAAAAAAGCUAAAAAAGAGGGAAAAGAUGGCAUACCCGAAGAUGACCCCGCCAAAUAUAAACAUGCCAUUUAUGUCCUCACAAUGAAACUGUUUGCAGAUAUGGAACGCAAACGGAGGGAGUUGGCGGAGCGGGAUCAAGAGGAGAGGAAAAGGAAACGAGAGGCUGAAAUAGAGGAGGAGGAGAAGGUCAAGGCACAGAAAGAGUGGCAGAAGAACUUCGAGCUCUUUUUUUAUAUAUCCCACGGGUUUCUAGGAAUCUCGUCAAAACAGGGUAGAAAGUUGGCAGUCAUUUCAAGCCAAUACGAAGAGUAAAGGCAAGAAGUCCAAUAAGAAAAUCAAAAUGUUCAGGCCACCUAAGAACAAACCAGAGACAAGAUAGACCACGACAGCCCGUCCUGUUAUGUAUUGGAGUAUAGCAAUCUGUUUCUUGUGUAGGAAAUUGAUUUUAAUUUCUUUAUUAGAAGGACUAUAUAUUUGCUAUAUAUAUAGCAAUUAAAUAAGCAGAAUUGUUAUUUUUAGAUUACGUUAUGCAAUUUUUUUUUACUCUGUAGUUAUACAAUCAUUGUUCAUAUCUAUUACAAGAGUUCAAAUCUAGCAACAAAACUCUCCUGUGAAGUUAAUUAUCAGUGUACCUUUACCCCUAUUAUCCCUUAAUAAGGGGUAGGUUUUCAAGCAUUUUUUUGAAGUAAAAUGGACCUUCAUGAAGAGAAUAGGAAAAUUUCUUAAAUUGAUAUGAACAGAAAUGAGAAGUGGUUUUUUAACAUUAUUAUUUCUCUUUUUAUUCAUAAAAUUAUUUGGGCAGAAUAUUUUCGUAACUAAUGUAUAUAUUUUUCAAUUUUGUAGUUUUAAGUUGUUGUAAAGUGAGAAAUAAAACACUAGAAAACGUUGUGAUUAUUGGAAUUAAUAUUGUGUGAUUUUGAACUAAAAUCAGUAUCUAAGUUAUUUAUCAUAUACUUA